UAGUGUGUAGGGAGCAUUAGCGAACAGUUCAUAUAACCUGAUCUGCCAAGAACUGUCCCAUAUAUCGACAUAAUAUUAAUAAUAAUACAACAAAUUGUAGAGAAUCGUAGAGAAUGCUGGGUUUUUAACGGCAUGAGAAUUCUGUAGAUAUCGUCAUUCUUUAUUCAAAUCAGAAUAUUAUUAUCGAACCGUUGAGUAAAUUCGCAACCAUUGAGGUGGUAGAAUAUAAUUAACUCAAUUUAUGUAAAAUUGUGAUUUAAUUUACUUGUAUUCGAGCAAGAACUUCUAAUGUACGUGUAAAUUCAUAAUGGCAUCUGAGGACGGCAAUUCUUAUGCAACCGUUUCUUCGGAAGAAACUAGACAACCUGUCACCAGUACUUUGCAACAAGAAAGUAAUAACAAGGACGCAAAUUCAGCUAAGCCGCAGCCUCAAGUAAACCGAACGACUAAUCUCCAGAGGAUACUUCAACGCAAGCAUCAGGCGCUCAGCUGGCCGCGAGAGAAGAAACUGUUAAAACUUUCGAAUUACAGCACUUGCCAAACGGAGGCGUGUACAUGUACAGGCUGGAAGAACGCGCAGCCGAUUAUAAAAUCUCCAAAGGGCGAGAUACAGCAGCCUAUUAUAAACUUUUCCGAUCCCUGCAAGACGUGUAAACAUCCUUUAGAAAAUCAUAUCAAACAUAUAUCGAUUCAAUCUGAUGAGGAGAUCACCAGAUUGUUGGGAAUGGCUGUUGAUGCUGACAAUAUUUUUGCAAGUACACACAAGGAAACGGAUUCCGACACUAAGAAAGUAUAUAUUUAUUUGUACAAAUUGUUGAGGAAUUGCAUCUGGUCUAUGACGAAGCCGACCAUAGAAGGGCCGUUAGGGCAGCCGCCGUUUGAAAGACCCAACAUAGCGAAAGCGGUGAUGAACUUUGUUUUGUAUAAAUUUAGUCAUUUGCCGGCGAGAGAGUGGCAGGGUAUGUACGAUCUGGCAAAGAUGCUUUUACACUGCCUGAAUUAUUGGAAUUUUGAACCGCCCGCUACCAAACGGCCGAUACUUAACGCGGACGAAGCUCCUGUUUAUAAAAUCAAUUAUACUCGCUGGCUCGUCUUUUGCCAUGUGCCUGCAUUUUGUGACUCCUUGCCGCAUUACGACACUGCUUUAGUUUUUGGGAAAAGUCUGUUACAAGCUGUAUUUAGAUCAGUUUGCAGACAAUUAAUGGACAAGUGUAACAAUGAAAGAGACAGAAUUGCGCCGGAAAAAAAGGUCUUGGUUUUAACGCAUUUUCCCAAGUUUUUGUCACUGUUGGAAGGAGAGAUUUAUUCUGAUAAUUCCCCCAUUUGGGAUCCUGAAUUUAAACAACUUCCGCCUUCUCACAUUCAAACUGCCUUGGAAUCAAAGGCUCAAGCAAGAAAAACGGGAGAAUUUGAAAAGGUUACCGUUCCUCCGAAUGAGAAAGACAAUUUUACAACAAUAAAUAUUAGUCCUGGAAUUAAGAAGAUCCAGGAGAAACGUCCUAAUGCCGAAGGGCGCCUUGACGCAAAGAGACGAAAGAAUGAAGAAACUUUCGAGGAUCUGCCAAAUGAGACCAUUGCUGAAAUUGUUGCAUCUAUCAAUGACACUAAUUAUAUGUCAGGUUCUGAUGCGGUGUUUCCACCAAAUGUGCCACGGGACGAGACCGCCAAGAUGGAAGAAAGUAGAAAGAUAAUAGAAUUUCACGUAGUGGGAAAUAGCCUGACACGGCCAGUGUCUAAGCAAACUAUGCUCUGGCUGAUAGGACUGCAGGAUAUAUUCAGCCAUCAGUUACCAAGAACGCCCAAAGAAUACAUUACUCAGCUUGUUUUUGAUCCAAAGCAUAAAACACUAGCCUUAAUAAAGGACGGUCGUCCAAUUGGUGGGAUUUGUUUUUGUAUGUUUCCAAGUCAAGGGUUUACAGAGAUAGUGUUUUGCGCUGUUACGAGUCACGAGCAAGUAAAGGGCUAUGGAACGCAUUUGAUGAACAUGUUGAAGGAUUAUCAUAUUAAAAACAAUAUACUGCAUUUUCUUACAUUCGCGGAUGAUUUCGCUAUUGGAUACUUUAAGAAACAGGGAUUUAGCAAAGAUAUAAAACUGCCCAAGUCGGUGCACCAAGGGUACAUAAAAUAUUACGUGGGAGCGACGUUGAUGCAUUGCGAGCUAAAUCCGAAAAUUGUGUAUACCGAAUUUACGGCAGUUAUCCGGAAGCAGAAAGAAAUUGUGAAAAAGCUGAUUCACCAGAGGCAGCAAGAAAUACAAAAAGUGCAUCCCGGCUUGACGUGUUUUAAGGAAGGUUUAAGGGGAAUUCCGAUCGAGUGUAUCCCGGGAAUUCACGAGACCGGAUGGAAAAGUUGUGCACAAACUAGAACGAGAGGUGUGACGAAAGGAAUGCAGGGUCCAGAACCGAUGGACACAAGUUUAGACGUGCCGGAUUCUCUAUGUAAUAUAUUAAAUGGUGUUCUGAACAGUGUGAAAAAACACAGCACAGCGUGGCCUUUUUUGAAACCUGUAGAUAAGAAUGAUGUUCCAGAUUACUACGAUCAUAUAAAAUAUCCUAUGGAUCUCAAGACGAUGCAUGAUCGCUUGAAUUCGGGAUACUAUGUAAUAAAGAGAUUAUUUAUAGCCGACAUGUUACGGAUUUUCACCAAUUGUAGAUUGUAUAAUAGUCCUGAAACUGAAUAUUACCGUUGUGCCAAUGCCUUAGAAAAAUACUUUCAAACACGUAUGAAAGAAGUUGGACUCUGGGAUAAGUAGAAAUUAUUAAGACUGUUGCAUUAUAAUGAUAACGUUGGCAAUUGAUAUUUCCUAAUUUAUACUUAUUACAAAGUAUUAUUGCUUUAUGAAGAAAAUCCAUAUCUUGGUAUUGUAAUGCUUUUCGUGCAAUAUUUGUCGAAAUUAAAUAGAUCUACAUGUGCGGAAAUGUAUGUCGGAAUAAAAAAGAUGAAAGAAAUUUUUAUUUCCGUGAUACUGUAUUUUCUUCGAUCAUCGGGCUUUCAUUCUUUGUAUUUUUUAAAAUGUGUUUAUAUCAUGUUUAUUACAUUUGUUUCAAUUGGUUUUUCUUCAAAUGUAUAUGUGUAUGUGUGUAUGUAUAUAUAUAUAUUCUGACAUGCAAUUCACGUUAAAUGAAUGUGUAUAUGUACGCGCGCGCGUGUGUGUGUGUAUGUGUGUACAUAAAAUGCAGCUAGCUAUCGCUUAUCUAAUCAUAAUUAAUAGUAUAUUUCACAUAUUGAUUGCGCGAAUUGUUUAUAUGUGACCUUUUAACUAUGUUAUACUAUGUAACAUUAUGAUGUUAAAAAUAUCAAGAGUGGUUUAUGCAAAAACUUUAGACUGAAGUGAGUACUUAAUUUCACAGCCUAAUUAAUAUCAUUAGUCGAGCAGUUAAUUAAGGAGCGUAAUACAGCAAUUAUAAAGAUCGCUCUAGUGGGCGACCAGUCUAUGGAACAGUGAUUCUCUGUAAUGCGCAUUGGUUUGUAAAGUAUUCUUAAAGGAAUAAAGCUUGUUGUCUAGAAAUGAUACGAAUGAGAAUAACAGCAGUCAAAUUUGCGUUACAUGUUCGUAUUUCGUAUCGAAAUUAAUAUAUUGAUCCAACGUUAUUAAAUUGAUUGACUGGAUAAUUCUAUAAUACGUAGUAAAAAUUUAUAACAAAACUAUUGAAGGGCCAACAUAAUGUUGCAUUAUAUUCUUCUAAAAAUACGUAACAUCGUUUCUUAAAUAUAUUUCACGAAACCGCGGGCACUUCGAUUAUAUACACAUUCUAUUUUUAGAAAAAGUGCACACAUUUAUAGGAGACAAUUUAGAACAAUUAAGACUUUUUUAACCUUAUGAGCUUCCGUUAUCUCCUUCGUUUUUUGUUUAAUUUUGUCAAUCUGUAAUUCUGUGACAUAUAUGGAGAGAACUUGUUGAACGAAUAAUAGUUACGUUCUACGAUUGGAUCUUAUUAGCUCGAUUCAUUUUAUCUUGCUAUUUAGAAAUCUGUUUUUAAAUAGAUUUCAGAUGAUUGAAGGUAUCAUCAUGGAACAAAAUGUUCGCUUGAAAAAUGUUUGCAAACGAAAUUACAUUCCUCGCGCGUUACGUCUAAAAGGAAUUGCCGUUGUAGUAGUGCAGAUUUGCAGAGAGAUCAAUGCGACUGCAGGAACGCAGAAAAAUGUAUGCUCUAAUUAUCGCAAGAACUUCGUGCGUUUAUUGAGAAUAACACUAUAAGCAGUAGCUGCCAGUUAUAAUUGGCAUACAUUAAAGAGCAAUUAAGUCUUUUAUUUAAAAAGGUAUAUACAUAUUUCUCUAAAGAGUAAGAAAUGCACGAGAGGAUGCUAUCUAUUGAAUAUUCUACUUCCUUUCACAAUACGUAGCGUUGACAACCACAAUUGUAAUACACCGUAUUAUAUUCUAUUGUAUAUUAUACUUCUAAGAGUGAAACAUAUCUUUAAAAACAUAUUUUUAUUCGUAUCAUUUGUGCGGACGUUGUUUUUUAUGUCAAAAACUACUGCUACGUGAAAACUAUGUUGAAAAGCUGUGUAUCAUAUUUAUAAAUUAUAUUCUCGUUAUUAUUACAUUCACUAUGUAAUUUACGAAUUUAUAAACAGGUUUUACUAAAA